AGAUCGCGUGGUUGUUCUGCUCUGUUCCAGGUUCAUAAUGAGGAGACAAAGACUGACUGAUAUAGCUUGGCAAUACUGCCAAAUGAUUGAUGGAAACCAUUGUCAUGUUCGUUGCAAUUUUUGUGGACACACCAUGUGGGGUGGCGUGAGUCGUCUCAAGCAACACCUUGCUCAAAAAAGAGGAGAUGUGAUUGCAUGUAACAAGGUCCCUCACGAUGUGAUUAAGCUGAUGCAGGAACAUCUUAUCGAGCUCUCACUUAAGAGGGAGAGGAUCGAAAGGAUGAACCGAGAAAAGUUGGAGGGUAUAAAAAAGAUGUACGCUGAACCUCAUGCUCCACCACAUGAAAUUCCUAAUACAGAAGAGAUGGAUGCAGAGGAGAAAGCUUCAAUCGAGCAAGCUAUCAAAGAAAGCCUCGAGACACUUCAGAUGGAAAAGGAGAGAGCUAAACGUGAUGCUGAUGAAGAACUCGAGGCUGCUUGCCGUGAGAGUAUGCAGUAUUACAGGGAAGAGUCAAGGAGGCGUGGAAAGGGCUCUAGCAGUUCUCGACCUGGACCAUCAUCUUAUUAUGAGAUUAUUGACCAUGACGACAGUGAUUUCAGCUUCGAAUAAGCUGAUGUGUUUCUUUUAAGAGUAAGGUUUGGACAAGAGCAUCUGCAUAAAUUACCAAAUACUUUCAUGAGCUGAAGUUAUCUAGAAACUUUAUUAAUUACUAGACAACGUAUAUUUUAAUUAACCAUGUUUGAAGCAUGUUUCUUUGUGAUAUGGUUGCAUCAAAUCUCACAUACUCAUUGUGGUUUAUCUUAUAGAUAUAUAAU